AUGGCGGACAAAGGGAUUAAUGAAGCGUGUGUAAACAACGAUAGCCUGGAGAGGUUUACCAUCGUAGAAUUAAAGGGCUACCUGAGUAAUCGUGGACAAACUGUCUCGGGGAACAAAAGACAACUGAUAGAACGUGUGAAAGGUGCGAAUCGACUGGGAUUAGUUGAUAUCAAUGUGACCAAGGCCGAAGACGACAUCGAGUUAUUUGAAAGAAAAGUAAAUAAACUUACGACGCCGCUGGGAGAAGUUCUUGUUCACCCCACUGGAUUAAAACUUUGGAGUGAUGAUUUGUCAAGUGUACCAGACUUUUAUCAGAAAGAUAUUUACAAUUAUAUCGUUUUGAAAAUGAAUUGUAAAAAGCAACUUAAAUCUCGAGUAUUUUAUGAAGAUGGACAUGUACAUUCCGUUCAGAUCUGUGAGAUUGACGAGAACUCUAGUCAUUGCUAUGUGAAAUGCAAAGUUUUGCCAUCGUUGCCAUCAGCCAAUAAGAAAAACACACCUGACUAUGAUGUGUGGGUCAUGAUGUCGAAAGUGUCUGGGUGUAUUAAUUCAGCAGAAUGCAAUUGUACUGCAGGUGAAGGGGAGGCCUGCAAUCAUAUAGCUGCCCUACUUUAUGCCAUUGCUGAUGUUACGGAGAAGAAAAUUAAUGGGAAACUUGCCCCAACAUCGCAGAAGUGCAAAUGGAAUAAUCCAAGAAAAAGGAAAUUAAGCCCAAAGAAAGCAGAGAAUGUAUUGUUUAGAAAACACACAUUUGACCGCGAAGCACCAGCAAAUAAAUGCAUCAAAGUGUUUGAUAUACAGAAGUCAACAGUAAAUGUGGAACGUUUCCGUGAUAAACUUAUCAGUAACAAAUCCAAGGCAGGUUGGUUGACUAAUUUUGUGAAAGACACAGGCACAGUCAAAGAGAUUACAAUGCCAUUACCUCUUCUUCACAACAUUAAGUUCCAAUUCUCCAAUCACACAGAUUUGAAAAGUGAUCAUUGUAAAUCACGUUUUGUGUCAUAUUUUGAAAAACUCAAAAUAAGUGAAAGCGAAUCUGUUACAAUAGAACACUUGACACGUGAACAGUCCAAGAGUGAAUGCUGGCAGUCUGCCCGAAAGGAAAGAAUAACCUCAUCUUAUUUUGGCAAGGUGAUCAAGCGCAAACAUAUGAGCGAGCCAGAUGCUCUUUUAAAAGACAUAUGUGGUUAUCGGACUUUUUCCAAUAAGUUUGUGGAGUAUGGUCAGAAACAUGAGGCUGCUGCCAGAAAGACAUAUAUCCGUCAGAUGAAAAAAUCUCAUCCUUGA